AUGUACAAGAACCAGCUGCAGGAGCUGGCGCAGCGGAGCUGCUUCGGCCUCCCGGCGUACGUGUGCACCCGCGAGGGCCCCGACCAUGCGCCCCGCUUCAAGGCCACCGUCACCUUCAACGGCGAGACCUUCCACGGCCCCACCUGCUGCACCACGCUCCGCCAGGCCGAGCACGCCGCCGCCGAGGCCGCGCUCGCGCUCCUCUCCCUCCGCGGGCCAUCCACCUCCCUCACCGCCACCAUCCUUGACGAGACCGGGGUGUACAAGAACCUGCUGCAGGAGACGGCGCACCGGGCGGGGCUGAAGCUGCCGGCCUACACCACCGUGCGCUCCGGCCCUGGGCACUCCCCAGUGUUCGCAUCCACGGUGGAGCUCGCCGGCCUGUGCUUCGCGGGCGACGCCGCCAGGACCAAGAAGCAGGCGGAGAAGAACGCCGCCAUGGCCGCCUGGUCCUCGUUGAAACAGAUGCCGGAGGCGGCGCGCAAGGAGCCCGGCACCGGCGGCGAGGAGCCGGAGCAGGAGCACGUGGCCGUCGCCAGAGUGCUCGCCGCCCUGCGCGCGCGGGGCGACUGCGGCGUCGGCAGCGGCAGGGAGGUGCCGCAUCUACCGAAGCAGCAUUGCGUCGCCGGCUCUUCUUCUUCCACUGCUCUGAACCCGGCGCUGUACAGACACCAAUGGCAGCGGCAGCCUCUGAGCUCCUCUGCCGCUCAGAUGCGGACGCGCCACGCUCAGCCGCCGCUGUCGUCGGCAGGACCCAGGAUACUACCUCCCCUGCACCUGCUCCAGCGACCGGCGCCACCCAACACCUCCCGGCACGCCGCCGAUCUGGAGCGGGGAAGGAGGAUCAAUGCAGACGAGCUGGUCCGGAUGCUGGAGAGGGCCACGGUGGCUGACAGGGCAGAUGCAAUGCCGUCGGCGCCGUGGUACUACCCGCAUGCCUCGGCAGCGUACCAGCACACCGGCGCUCCGAGAUCCUUCGGCGCGGGCGGGUUCCACUCGCCGGCGAUGGCCGUGAGCGUGCGGUCGGUGAUCCCCGUCUGCUCCGCGCCGCCGUCGCCACCGCAGCCGCGGACAGCGGCGGCCAAGGAUGAGCAGGGGAGCCGGAAUGGCCCGGCACAACCUGACGGAGCACUAGGCACAAAAGGUUGUGACGAGCUCGGCUUUGGAAGAUCGUGA